GAUGGUUUGAAUCUUGAAAAGAGGCGCUAAUCCAAAAGCCGGUGGCCUCUGGACAGUGGUAUCCUUGCCCUUGUGUCCUUCUUCUAUUGAGACCAUUGUUAUUCAUAAAGUGUUCCAACGACAUCUGCGUUCUGCUUUUCACUCAUAUUUUGUCCCGGAGUACUUGAUAUAUCAUUGUCUCUGCUGUCUGUUAAUAAAGAUAUAUAUUAUAACAAGUAAAUUUCACUUGAUUUGAAUGUUGGUAUUCGUGAAAUGAUGAACUGUCGACAUUCCUUUAAAAUUCGUUGCGCACAUUGGUUAUUAGCUCGAAUCAGUUUGUUCCAAUCAAUAUGCUUAUUGUUAUGGUUAGGCGAACGUGCUUACCAUGAAAUAGAACCACCUAUACACCCAUGGGCAGUAUAUACAUAUAUUGGCAUAGGUCUCGUAGCAUCAACGGGGAUUACAAGUCGUUUUUUAACGCGUUUAUCAUUGGCUAGUAUCCUUCUGAGUCAAAUCUACAUAGCCUAUAUAUUUGGUGUAGAAAAGCGUCUAGGCUACUCAAGGUGUUUACGUGCUCGUGUUGGCUUAAGAUGUCUUGCUACUAUUGGGAUUUAUUUUCGUUUAUUAGGCGUAAAUAUGUAUGAAAAUGUCAAUAGUACUACUAUUAAUACGACUACUGAUCAUAAUAAUAAUACUAACAAUCAUUCUAGUAGUUCGUUGACUUCUCAACUAUCUAAACCGUAUAGUAAUGUGUAUGCUUUUGGUUUAGGCAUUAUGUCUGUGUCAAUUAGUAUACUGGGUAUCUUUUGUAUCCCUGUAGAAUUGUUCCAGUUGGAUGAAGAUAUCCAAUUGACAGAAAUUAAUUCCCUAUGGCCAUUAUUAGCAGACAGUUAUGGUUGUCUGAAGGUGUUUAGUCUUGUUCUUGGUUUAUGUAUGUUAACGGCUGGUUUCAUAUAUUCUAUUCCUGUGAUUAUACAUGAUCAACUCGUCAUCAUCAAUAAUAGUAAUAAUCCUAAUCAUAAAACCUUUUCAUAUGACAGUUUUUUAUUUCGUCUGGCUGAUUAUCUAGUUGUCUUUUGUUUUGUAAUACUUUCAUUACUUCGUGAUUGUAAUUUCAGUUAUUGGCGCGUUAAAGGUUGUGAAUUUUGGUUAGAAAUACGUGUCCUGUUAGAGAAUGUCACUGUCUUACUAGGUAUUUUUGUUAUUAAACAUUUGACUACUAUUAAUCGAAUCAGUAGUAUGAAAAGUGGAAACAAAUCGUGGAAAACUGCAGGAAAGAAUUGUAAGUCGACUAUUAGAAAUGAAAAAGCGAAUGCAAAGAAGGAUUGAUUCAUUAAUUGAUCUAUUCUUUAGUUUGUCUUUCCUACUCACCGUUUCUUCUACUUUGUAUCUGUAAUAUCUUUUUUUUCUACUUGUCGACUGCUUUGUAAAUUACUGGGAAGAUACUUUGUAAUGCAUUUAUUGUAAUAUUUGAUAUUUGGAUGAAUAAAGUGUAAUUACUUGGAGUCUGGUGAUUUCAAUCUCAUACACUUCUCGUGUACUUAAAGUUUGUAAUUUUUGCAGUUAUUAAUGCCCAAUGUGAACAAAACACUUAAUUAACCGAGAAGUCUU